ACAAAAAAAAUAAAAAAAAAUUAAUAAACAAUUAAACCUGUGAACCCAACCCCAGUUUAUUGAUGCGCAUGCUCUAAGGGCGUUUAAAAAAAAAAAGAAACAAGGCUGGUUAUCCAUUAUUAUUUAACAGGACUGUAGUUCAUCUUCCUCUUACUCAACUUUUGAGAAAAAUGGUGGAUGAGUUUCAAAACUGCUUCAUCUUUAUUCUGCUCUGCUUCUUCACAGUUUUCUGUUACUCUGUCUUGUUCUGCAGGAAGACAAAACUUGAGGUUGAUUUUCCUCCGAGCCCUCCCUCUCUACCUGUCAUCGGCCAUCUCCACCUUCUUCUCUCUGCAGUAUCCCACAAGGCUUUUCAAAAUAUCUCCAGCAAAUAUGGACCUCUUUUGUAUCUCCGACUUUUCAGUUUUCCCAUAGUUCUUGCCUCAUCUGCCUCAGUAGCCUACGAGUUAUUCAGGACGCAUGAUGUAAACGUCUCGUCUCGCAUGCCUCCUAUCACGAUCGAGUCUCUCAUCUUUGGAUCUUCCGGUUUCGCCUCUGCUCCUUUUGGAGAUUACGCCAAGUUCAUGAAGAAGCUUCUAGCCACGAGGUUUUUUCGAACACAGGCAAUCGAGAACCUACGAGGUGUCCGUGCAGAGGAGCUAGAGCGAUUUUAUUUGAAUCUGUACGAUAAGGCGGCGAAGAAAGAGAGCGUUGAGAUUGGUGAGGAAACGAUGAAGUUUACUAACAACAUGAUCUGCAGGAUGUGCAUGGGGAGGAGCUGUUCCGUGGAGAAUGGUGGGAUAGAGAGAGUCAGGGAACUGAUUAUCAAGUGUUUUGCCAUGUCCAAGAAGCUUUUCCUUGCAAACACAUGUCUUACUUGGCUCGAGAAGCUUGGAAUCUCACCAUUUAAGAAGGAGAUAAUGGAUGUUUCUCACGGGUUUGAUGAGUUGUUGGAGAGGAUUCUUGUGGAGCAUGAAGAGAGACCGGAGCAGGAUCAAGAUAUGGACAUGAUGGAUUUGUUGUUGGAAGCUUCUCGAGAGGAAAACGCAGAGUAUAAGAUCACUAGGAAGCAGAUCAAGUCAUUGUUCGUGGAGAUUUUUAUGGCAGGCAUAGACACUGCAGCACAGGCAACGCAGUGGACAAUGGCAGAGAUCAUUAACAACCCAAAAAUUCUUGAGAGAUUAAGAGGGGAAAUUGAUUUGGUUGUAGGAAAAGCAAGAUUGAUUCAAGAAACGGAUAUACCUAACCUCCCCUAUUUGCAAGCAGUGGUAAAAGAAGGGCUAAGAUUGCACCCACCCGGACCGUUUCUGGUUAGAAGGUUCCAAGAAAGUUGUAAGAUCAAAGAGUUUUAUGUACCGGGGCAAACAACCCUUCUUGUUAAUGUUUAUGCUAUCAUGAGAGAUCCUGAUUUGUGGGAAGAUCCUGAUGAGUUUAAGCCAGAGAGAUUUUUAUCUUCAAGAUCAUCAGAACAAGAGGAGGAGAUAAAAGGGCAAGCAUUCAAGUACAUUCCUUUUGGAGCCGGAAGAAGAGGAUGUCCUGCAGGAAAUCUCGGUCCUAUCUUUGUAGGAAUUGCAGUUGGAAUGAUGGUGCAGUGCUUUGACUGGAGAAUCAAUGGACAUGGUGAGAUUAGCAUGGAAGAGGUUAUUGCAGGAAUAAGUCUUACCAUGGCUCAUCCGCUUAAGUGCACUCCAGUUUCUCGACUCAGCUCGUUUAGCCUUUGAUGGGCAGUGUCCGAGUUUGUGAUCCCGAAGGUCAACCAAUGGUUCAUCUUCUUCAUUGUAUUUAUCUCUUUGGUUUAAUGAUGAGUGAAUUGUAUCUCGUUUCUGAGCUGGGUUUAGAUUCCUAUUAUCUAAACUUCUGGUUGCUAAGGUUUAUCAUUUUCGUCCAGUUCUGAUUUCUCUAACAUGGUCUCAUCGAGAAAUUAUAAUAUAUACUUAUCACUGUUGCAGGUGAGCUUCACUCCUAGCCAAAUCCGUGGGGUUUGAGCUUCGUUUGCAUGCUCUAUAGCUUGAAAAAAAUACUUCCAUGGGAAUAUGGUUAGUUUUAAGUUAAAAAUUUAAUAGUUACAUAAAGUUUAUGUGUAUAUAGUAUAAAUAUAUUAGGUUUAGUUUUUAGUAAAAACUUGAAAACGUUCUGAAGACAGUGUUUUUAAAACCGGACCAGAAGUUUAACCGGAUAAAUUUUGGGUCACGGUUUAAUAUGGUUCGACCGGGUCAAACCUGGUUCAAUAAUCUGGUUUAAUAUAUUUUAGUGUAUAAAUUUAAAAAUAAUGUUAUUAAAUAUGAUAUAUAUAAUUAAAAUAUAAAUAAAUUUAAAACAUAAUAUAUUAUAAUUAUAAACUAAUUUUAAGUCUAUAUGGAUCGUUUACAGAUUUUUGAUAGUCUUAAUGGUUUUAUCAGUUUAAUAACUCUGUAAUCGAAUCCGGCUACGUGACCAGUUCAUGGUCGAACCAAUUAUUAGACCCAACCCGGCUAUGCAACAGGUUCAUGGUUGAACCCGAUUCAACCAUCGGGUCGGUCCGGUUUUAAAAAUACUGGUUUGAGGUUUAGAUUUAAAGUUUAGUAUUUUGUUAUAAGGUUAUGAUAUAUGAUAUAUGAUUUGGGGUUUGCGGGUAAGUUGGAGAUUAAGUUUGAAAUAUUUAGAUUUUUGUUAUUGAUAUUUAAGUUUUGGUGUUUAAGUUUAAGGUUUAAAGCUAAAACUAGAGAUUGACCUGCACAUCGCACGGAUAUUAGUUUCUACAUUUUUAUACAUUGAUAUUUGUUUUUCAUAACUAGUGUUAUAUAUUUUAAAUGAGUUGUAAUAUAACUAAUUUUAUUCAAAAUACAUGUACCGAAUCGAGUAAUAUGGUUAUUUUCGGUACAAAUAUCCGAACUCGUUUUAGAUACAUUUGUUAUUUAGAUAUUUUUAGGUUCUUAUACAUCAGACUCGAACUCAUCCAGAUCUGAACUCAUCCAAACCUAGAAGGAUCCAACUCAAAAUCACACAUAAAUUAAUAAUACUCCAGCAGGGCUUAAUUUAAAAAAAAAACGAUACUAAAAAAGAACAACUCGUAUGUUCAUGUCUAAUUGAUUUUAUAAACAAAUAAAAAUGAUUUUUUUUCUGUGUGUUUGGCUAAAUUAAGUGAAAUAGAAAGAGUCCUUUAUUUAGUAAAAUAAUUAUAUGGAGUGAAAAAUUAAGUGACAAUAAAUGUAAUACAUUUUAAUUAUUUUGAUUUAAGUUAUUAUUUAUAUUCACAAAAAUAUGUUUUUGAAUUUUUUUUUGGCUACGUAAUUUUCUACAGAUUGAAAGUAAAAUUUAAAUAAAAAGUUAUAGUAAAACAAACUAAACCGAACAUUUAACCUUAUGCAAAAUCCAUCUAUUUUAUAUUUGUGAUUUUAUAAUUGGCAGAAAGUUAAUUUUGAUUAACUAAUAAAUAAAAAAAUGCACUAUUAUUAUGGUAAUAUAAUUAAUGAUGUGAUGAGGUAAUAUAGUUAAUGAAAUUGUUAAACUGAGUGAAAUAUGAAAAUAUAAUUAAUGUAAUUAUAUUAAUGAAAUUACUAAAAAGACACUAUACUUCUUUUUAUAUUUCUAUACAUAUCUCCAAACAAUUCUCAUUUUUAUUUUUCUGUCUGAUAUUUAUAUUAACCAAAAACAUAUGUUACAAGCAAAGCCAAAGAAUGGCCCACACAACAAAAACUAGAUACGAAAGCCCACAAGCGGGCAACAUAUAAACAUAA